AAAGCAGAAAUGACAUCUCUAAUUCAAGUUCAUCUCUAAACUAUGAUGGCAUUUCUAUGCAAAGCUUAAAAAGUUUAAAAUUUGCAUUUAUUAAUUAUGCUGAAGAAUUUAUAAAAAAUCUUAGUAAACUAGAUAAUUUAAUUGGAUUUAAACAAUUAGUCAAGGACUUUGAAAUAGAAUUGCCAGAAGAAAUAUUGAUUAAAGCACUUAAAUUACUUAGUGAUGCAUUAUCUUUUAAAUAUCUCACAGAAUAUACUAUGAUACAUCUUGAAGUUCACCUUAGAACUCGGAUGAUAACCAUAGAAAGAGUAUACUAUUCUUAUAUUGUAUUAGAAAAUGAAAUCCGAGAUGCUAAAUCAAAAGAUAUUUCAAGAAAACUUGAUGUUGUUGAAAUUUUACCAAACAUUACUCAAGUCUUUAAUUUCAAAUAUCCUAUCACUUAUUG